CUGGUCUCCUACUCCCCGCCCAACGCCACCACCCUGGCCGCCGUCCGCGCGCUCUUCCAGCUCCGCUCGCACCGGGCGCUGCUCGCCUCCAACAACCUCCCGCUCUCCACGCCCACCACCGCCCCGGCCCCGUCCCCGGUCCGCGUCCGCCUGCCCUGCCUCUGCUCCGGCGGGGCCGGCGCCACCUUCCAGCGGCCCACGUACAAGGUCCGCGCGGGCGACACGCUCGACGCCGUGGCCCGCGGCGCCUUCGCGGGGCUCGUCACGUACCGCGACAUCGCCGCCGCCAACAACGUGUCCGACCCCAACCGGGUCGCCGUCGGGCAGGAGCUCUGGGUGCCGCUGCCCUGCAGCUGCGACCCCGUCGGAGGGGAGCCCGUCGUGCACCUCACGUACGUUGCGCCAGCCGGGAGCUCCGUCGCCGGGAUAGCGGAGGAGUACGGGACCACGGAGGAGACGUUACUGGCGCUCAACCGCAUGCCCGACGCCAAGAGCCUCCUCGCCGGCCAGGUCCUCGACGUGCCGCUCCGAGCUUGCUCUUCUGCCAUUAGCAACUCGGCCAUCGACCGCAACCUCCGCGUCCCUAACGCGAGUUACAUCCUGACGGCCAACAAUUGCAUCAUGUGCGGCUGCAGCUCCACCACUUGGCAGCUGGACUGCCAGCCGACGCAAGGGUUGACACCCUCCUGCCCGGCGGCGAAAUGCGGAGACCUGUUCCUCGGGAACACGUCGACGUCCGCCACCUCGACCUGCGAGAGCACGACGUGCUCCUACGCCGGCUACACGAACAGCACCUCGUUCACCAUCCUCGCCAACCUCACCACCAGCUCCGUGUGCAACGCUGCUGGGAUAUCGCCGGCCGCGCAGCCGUCGCACUCCUCGGCGUCCAGAUUGGAGUCGCCGGUGCGGUGGUCGGAGCUGAUCGUCGGGCUUCAUAUCGCUCUGCUGUGCCUCGGGUUUCUGCGCCGUGAUUGAGUAGCAAUUCAGAUUCUUGUCGCUGGACGUGUAGGUCGUAGUUCUUCUGUCUUGUGAGUAAUUUGGGAGGCGCUGCGUGUGCGGCUUCGGUUUGCAGGAUGUGUUGGAAGGCAGACGUGAGGGGAACACUCGUUCUGUGUUAGAAGGUACUCGUAGAUCAGAUCGGGGCAGAUUUGUAGUGCCGAACAGUAUUUCCACCGUUUUUUGGUUUUAGCCUGGUGUUAUCACUCUAUAAAAUGGGGAUAAAUGGGGACCCUCUUUGUUUUAGGAUUUCGCUACAAACCGAACUCCAGGCUUUUAACCAUGACAAAUCAAACGUGUUUUUAGGAUGGCAA